CGACUCCAUAAUAAUAAUACCAUAUCAUCUCCCCUUGGCCUACCGCCUCUACUAAACAUGAAAGCGUCGUGACAUCCUUCUCGUCGCUGUCUCAUUGUCGGCAUUGCUCUCGUUAUUGUCUGUACAAUUUACUCCUCACAUACAUUGUCCUUGAUAGGAUAUCUAGAAACUUUAUCCUGAAUCUCAUACCAUAAUAUCAAGACGAGAAUAUACGUGUUCAUCAUGGCUGGAAAACUUUCCAUCUCGAACCCUCAACCGCGCAAGCUCGCGGGCCCGGAAUUGCUACACGACCUCGUCCCACCGACAGGGCAACAAGGAAACCACAUCGCGAUCGACUACAUUGCAACAGAUCCUUCUUCGUCUCGUCAAUUGACUUACGAGCAAUUACAUCGACAAGCCGAUGUUCUGGCGCAGCGGAUCAUCUCGCAAUGUCCACCAUCGUCAUCAUCCUCACCAAGUCCCGAAAGAUUGAUCGUCCCGCUCCUGAUCCCGCAAUGCCCGGAUCUCUAUAUUUCACAGCUCGCGAUCCUCAAGGCCGGAGGAGCGUUUUGUCCCAUCGUUCUCGACGUGCCAGAAGAGCGUCUACGCUUUAUUCUGAAUGAUAUCGGAGCUCGCGUACUCCUCACGCAUUCCAAUGUUGCCGCAUCGUUGCCCAGACUAGAGAACAUCGCUGUUAUCGCAGUCGAUCGAGAAGAUCUCACCAAAAGCCAGGCAUCUACGCUAUCCCUACCUCUCUCAAGUCAGAAUGCCGCGUAUGUCAUGUAUACAAGCGGCAGUACCGGUCAACCCAAGGGUGUGCUGCUGUCCCAUGGCGCAGCGACCCAGGCACUGCUUGCGCAUGAUAAAUACAUUCCCGACUUCUCGCGAUUUCUCCAAUUCGCCAGUCCAACUUUCGACGUCUCCGUAUUUGAAAUCUUCUUCCCUCUCUUCCGCGGCCAGACUCUCGUCUGUUGCGAUCGGAGGGAGCUCCUCAAUGAUCUACCCAGCACGAUGAACCGUCUUCGCGUAGAUGCGGCAGAACUGACACCUUCGGUGGCAGGCAGUCUCCUGCGAAAGCGAAGCAAUGUGCCCUUGCUCAAGGUUCUCUUGACAAUCGGCGAAAUGCUCAAGCCUGGCGUUGUUGAGGAGUUUGGCGGAGACGCCGAAACUCCCUCGAUCCUUCAGGGAAUGUAUGGACCCACAGAAGCCACCAUCCAUUGUACUCUCCAGCCCAAUUUCGAAAAGUCCAUGUCCUGCGGGAGCAUUGGAAUUCCUCUAGAUACCGUAUCUGCAUUCAUCGUGCGUCCCGAAACAGGAGACGAAGCCAAAGACGCCGAUCCCGAAAUCCUCCCCCUCGAGGAAGAAGGAGAACUCGCCGUUGGCGGCUAUCAGCUCGCAGAUGGAUAUCUCAACCGUGAAGAGCAGACGCGCAAAGCCUUCAUCACGCACCCUGAGCACGGCCGGUUAUAUCGUACCGGCGACCGCGCGAAAAUGCUGCCAGACGGUCGCUUCGAAUGUCUCGGCCGCAUCUCUGCCGGCCAAGUGAAGCUGCGCGGCCAGCGCAUUGAGCUCGGCGAGAUCGAACACGCGGCAUCAAAGACCCCUGGCUGCUCAGACGUCGUGGCAGAUGUCAUCGGUGGAAUCCUGGUGGCAUUUUGCGCCCUAGAUGCAGGUGCUGCGAGCGCAGAAGACGUGGUCGCGACAUGUCGGAAGUGGCUUCCAACGUAUAUGGUGCCUGGUGAUAUCGUGGUCAUGGAGGCUCUGCCGUAUCUGGCAUCGGGCAAACUCGAUCGGAAACUUCUGCGGGAGAAUUUUGCAAAGCGCGACUCAGAAGGGCAGGGCGAUGACGCUGAAUCUCAAGAUCCUGAGACCAAGAGGAUCCUGGAAGUCAUUCGGAAUGUCCUCGGUACCGCGGCGAUCAAUUCCAACACAGGUCUCGCCACGGUCGGUCUUGACUCCAUUUCCGCGAUCAGAUUGGCGUCAUACUUGUCCAAGGAGGGUUUUCCAAGACUUGACGCGAGCCGCAUUCUCGCAGCGAGAACACCCAAGGACUUACAAACACUCAUUUCUCAGGCUACAAAAACGACGGUGAGCUCAAAAGACGUUCCGGAUGCUGAUGAUAAACGACUUCUAGACAGCAUCUCCAAUUCACCACUCCUCCGAAACUCCUCGGACUCCAUCAGUGGCGCCUAUGCUUGUACCGCUGUGCAAGCGGCGAUGCUCAACGAGACGUCGAAGAACACUUCAGCAUAUUGCAAUUGGAUAGAAUUCUCGUUGAGCGGCUCGCAAGACGUCGGAAAAGUUACCGGGGCGAUUCGCAAGCUUGCACAACAUCAUGAAAUGCUCCGCUCUGGUUUCAUCACCUCUGCUGAUUGCUCAUGGGGGUAUGCCGUAGUAGUUUGGGCAGAUCUCUCCGAUGCCCAGGUAGUCUCCGGCAAGCUAUUCAGCCAUGACUUCCGGAUAGACUCCGAGGAGAAGCUACUGCGACCUUGCGAGUUUCAAAUCUCCCAUGGAACAGAUGGCAUCAAGUUGCUCCUCAAGUUACACCAUGCUACUUACGAUCAGUGGUCGGUUGACAUCCUCCGAAGCGAUCUUCAACGAUUAUUAGAAGGAGAAGAGCUCCACGAAAAGAGCUCGUUUGCUUCCGUAGCAGCAUAUCACCAGUCGAUUACAGAUGAUGACUCAACAUCAGUCGCAUCCGAGUUCUGGCAAAAUCAACUCAGAAAUGUCGCUCCAACAACGCUCCCACUCCUACGAGCCCAGAAAGUACCCUCUGAACUCCAAAGGUCGUCGUGGAUUGACCUAAGUACUCCUUCAUCUGCCCUCAAAUCUCAAGCCCGCGCUCUCGGCUGUAGCAGUCCCGCAAUCUUCCAAGCUGCACUCGCCAUACUGCUCAGCCAAUACACCGGCGUUGCCGACAUAACCUUCGGCUCCGUCUUCUCUGGCCGCACCAUCGCUGUUCCAGACAUCGAGCGCGUAUUCGGCCCUUGUCUUGCAACUUUGCCGCUGCGCGUAGAUGUCGCAAGUGUGCGCACCUGUGGUGAUCUUCUCCGGACGAUCACCGAUCAGAAUCGCGCCAUCCAGGAAUUCGUUCUCACGCCACCCACGGCCAUCAAGCGCGCGGCGGGUGUCAGUCCGGGUAGCAGCCUCUUUGACACUUUAUUCGUGUGGCAGGAGAACAGCUUUGAAUCGGAGUCGGCUCAGAAAGUCAAAAUUGUCGACUCGGCAGAUCAAUUAGAAUUCAACCUCGUUUUGGAAUUCGAGCCUUUGGGCGACACACUCAAGGCUCGUGCGACUUAUCAAGCAAGUCUCAUCUCGCGAGAACAAGUCGACAUCCUUCUCGCGCAGAUCAAUGACCUUGUUGCAAGUCUCCUCAAACACACUGAUGACAGUAUCUCGACCAUCACCAGCACGCUUCCAGCUGAACUGCUCUCUAUUGCUAAUCCCGACUUUGAAAAUGUCGCUGAUGAGGCAUCCCUCGUACACAUGAUUGAGAAACAGGCUUCUUCCGUCCCUUCCGCCACGGCCAUUUCCUUUGCGCAAUCUCUCGAGCCUGGCAAGGCUGUGUUCAAAUCUAUCACCUUCGCCGAACUCGACGAGGCCGCCAACAAAGCUGCAAACGCCAUGAUCGUCGCCGGUCUUCGGCCGAAUGAUCUCGUUUGUGUCUGCAUGGAAAAGUCGAUCGAGAUGUAUGUUAUGUUCUUAGCUUCGCUCAAGGCUGGAGCGGGUUAUCUUCCCCUUGUGCCCGAGACGCCGCUUUCACGAGUCGAGAAUGUGCUCCAGCAAGCAAAACCUGCACUAUGUGUGGUUGAUGGCGGUUUGAUCCCUGACUUCAAAUCUGUUACGAGCAUCAAGGUCGUGGACAAGACUACGCUAGAACAAGGCAUUCAGAACGGCACUGCACCAGAUGUUCCCCAGGACCGCCAGAGGAUCGCAUAUGCAGUCUAUACUAGUGGGAGUACCGGCACGCCUAAGGGUGUUGCCGUGACUGUCGAGAACCUUCACGGGAACUUGGCGGUCCUGGCAGAGCUGUAUCAAACCAAGCCAGGCGAUCGACUACUACAGUCCUGCUCACAGGCCUUCGAUGUCAGCGUUUUUGAAAUCUUUUACGCCUUUUACAGCGGCCUCUGUCUCUGCUCCGCAGUCAAGGAUGUCAUUUUCCGUGACUUCGAACACAGCAUUCGCGCUUUUGGCGCCACUCAUCUCUCCCUGACCCCGACCGUCGCGGCCCUCGUCGACCCAGCCAACGUGCCCGAUGUGAAGUUCCUCGUCACCGCCGGAGAAGCUGUCACGGAAAGAGUUCACAAACUGUGGGCCGGGAAAGGCCUCAACCAGGGCUACGGUCCCUCGGAAACUACCAAUAUCUGCACCAUCAACAUGCGCGUCACUCCCGACGAUGUCCUGGGAAACAUCGGUCCGCCAUUUCGGAACACCUCCGCCUUUGUCCUCGCUCCCGAAGAAGACCCUUUGCGCAUCCUCCCUUCGGGCUGCUACGGAGAGUACGCCUUUGGUGGCGAACAGGUCUUCCGCGGGUACAUCGGCAUGGACAAGCUGAAUGCACAAAAGAUCAUCGAUCAUCCUACGUACGGCCGUGUCUAUCGUAGUGGAGACAUGGGUCGAAUUCUUCAUGACGGCACUCUGCUCAUCUCCGGCCGUUUGGACGAUCAAGUCAAGAUUCGCGGAAACCGCGUCGAGCUCGGCGAGAUCAGCGCCGUGGUAAUCAAGGAUGAGGCUGUGGCAGAUUGCGCAACGCUCAUGAUCGGAGAAAAGAGCGCCGAGCAGCUACUUGCGACGUUCUGGGUACCACGCGAGCAAGUAGCAAGGAACGAUUCAGGAAUCGCACCUAUCGUGGAUCAAGAUCCAAAGCGUAUCUCAGCACUAUUCACCCGUAUCGAAGAGACCCUACCCGCAUACAUGAUUCCCAGCGUUCUUCUCCCCAUCACCCGUCUCCCUCUCACAACCCAAGGCAAACUUGACAAACGCCUUCUCAAGAGCAUCUACAACGACCUAGAUAGCUCCACGAAGGAACUUUUCUCCCAUCAUUCCGAGGCCGCAGAUGACCAAGAGCCUUUGAACUCAACCGAGCAAAUCAUCGCAUCCGCACUCGCGGAUCUUCUCCAGAUUCCGGUAGCGAAUAUCAGCAGACACUCGUCUUUCUUCGGCCUCGGUCUGAACUCACUCAAUGCCAUUAGUCUGGCGCGAUCCCUCGAGCAGAAGUCUCAAGCACGUCUCGGUGUCUCGACUAUCAUGAAAAAUCCCAGCGCCGCUCGUCUUGCACAGUUCCUGCUCAAGAAGGAUGAACCUAGCUCUACGAAUGCUCAACCCGAUGUCGAUCUCUCAGAGCUCUACAACGCGGAAUUCAAGGACCGAAUCGCGGUUGAAUUUUCUGCCAGAAAGUCGAAAGUCGAGGCUAUUUGGCCUUGCACGCCGCUACAGGAAGCCAUGCUGUCGGCGAGCGUGACACAAGAAAAUGGAUCCUACUCCAACUCUGUGCGAUUGAAGAUUUCUGGAGAUUUGGAUCGCUUGAUCAAGGCUUGGGAGGAAGUUACCCAACGGCAUGCAAUUCUCCGCACGAGUUUCGUGGAGACGCAGUCUUCGGAAUAUCCGUAUGCUCAGAUCGUGCAGGACCGCAUCGCUACGCCUGUCGUUCUCGUCGACGGCACGAGCGUCAAGAGCAGCAGGGAUGUGACCAUCAGCCACGCUGAACCUUUCAAGAUUGUCGUCGACAGGAGAGAGCCUGGUGAGGUUGAUUUGUAUCUGCUCAUGCACCAUGCCAUCUAUGACGGUAUCUCGAUGGAGAAUCUGUACAAGGAAGUUCAGAACUUUUAUAACGACGGGACGACAUUAUCCGGUCCUGCUUCGUUUGCGCCGUUCCUCCAAGAGGUCAUCAAACACAACCAGGCGGGCUCCAUGGAUUUCUGGCGCAACAAAUUUGCGGACUUCACACCUCACUCCAUUCCUGCGAUUGAAGGCUCGGCUGGAAAGAAAGAGGACUGCAUUUUAUCUACCCUCAAAGCCACGCCUGCUGAUGUCAACACGUUCUGUGAACGUCACUCCGUGACCGUCCUGGGUGUCGUCCAAGCCGCAUGGAUCAAGACCCUUGCCUCCUUGCAGGAAAUCUCGGAUGUCUGCAUGGGAAAUGUCGUCAGCGGUCGCACCGUCGCUGUUGCAGACGUCGAGAAUCUGAUCGCGCCUUGCUUCAACACGAUUCCCUCAAGAGUGAACCUCGAGACUGUGCGCAGCAACAUCGAUCUCACCCGGCAUCUUCACCGUGCCAACGUCGAGGCAUCCUCCUUCCAGCUGACUGCGUUGAGGCGCAUCCAGAAGUUCUCUCAAAGCCCAGAAUUGCAUCUUUUCGAUACGCUGCUCUUGCUGCAGCCGCCUUCAACGUCAUUGGAUGGCUCUAUAUGGACUGUGCAGGACGAUGUUGGCUCCAUGGGUCUUCCACUUGUCGUUGAAAUUGUUCCUCACAAUGACCGCUUCGAUCUCAAACUCUACUUCCUUGACUCUAGAGUUUCUACAGCGCUAGCAAAUGAGAUCGGAGCCGCGUUCGAUGCAGCGCUCUCGUCAUCUCUCAGGUAUCCCUCGAGUCACCCGGAGCACUUCCUCGACUACGAUCGUGCAAACAUCGCUGGCAAAUUGGUACCUGUCAAGACCUCCAAUCCUGGUAACCAGAGCAAAACCUCGAGCGACGCAGAGCCAUGGACUGCCGAGGAAGAGAUCAUCCGUGCGAUCUUCGCCGAACUGGCACAGGUCGACAGAUCAAAAAUUUCGAAAUCUACAUCGCUGUAUCGACUCGGUCUUGACAGUUUGAACGCGGUGCAAGUCGCCUCCAAGAUGCGCAAGCAGAAAUUGAUGGUCGAUACCGCGGAUGUCAUGCGCCUGAUGACGCCGAUUGCUUUGGCUGAAUUUGUUUCUUCAGCUUCGAAAAAAGAUCAGAAUGAGCCGCAAGCCUCGAUCGAUCUUGUCGCUUUCGAGAAUAAGCACAAAGAGCACAUUCUCAGCAACGGUAACUUUGACAGUGUCAAUGUCGAAGCGAUUCGACCUUGCACCGCCGCGCAGAGUGGCAUGCUUUCGCAAUCUAUUCAAUCUAAUGGCAAGCUCUACAUCAACCACGUGGUCUACACUUUACCCGAAGACCACAAUCUUGACGAAGUUCGACUCGCAUGGGACCGUGUACAGCGCAAGCAUCAAGUGCUCCGUAUGGCAUUCCAACAGGUUGAAGACCCGCUUAGUCCUUUUGCAAUGGUCAUUCUGGACGAAGCGGCUUCCAAAAACGUUUUCACCGUCGAGGAAGAGGAUCGUUCUCUAGAAGACCUCACCAGCCAUACGAGCACCGACAUUGUCCAAAAUUUCGAUCUUCCUGCUUGGCGGGUCAAGCUUAUCAAAGGGGCCGGCCAGCAGUCGAAAAUGUGCCUCUCGAUCCACCAUGCACUAUACGAUGCUAAUUCGCUUCAAUUUAUUUUGUCUGACUUCGCAGCGGCGAUUGCAGGAGAGGAUGGCAGUCCGGCGACGACCAUUGAUACCGUCCUGGCUUAUAUCCUCGACGGGGCAACCAGAGCGCAAAAGGAUGAAGGGGCUUUCUGGAAGCAGAAGAUGGAGAAGGCUGCGAUCGCAAAAUUCCCAAGCCUGACCCCCACGGCCGUGACUGACGGCAAAACUGAAGUCGAGCAAAUCAUUUCAUCGGCCUCCUACGAUUCAAUCCUCGCCUUUUGCCGCAAAGAAGGAGCAACAUUACAGGCUCUAGGUCAAGGCCUGUGGGGCUCACUACUAGCGACUUACAUCGGCGAGCCUUCCGUCACGUUCGGCACAGUCCUCUCCGGCAACAACGACGACUCUAAGCCAGUCGCAUUCCCGACCAUCACCACCAUCCCCGUCGCCUGUAACACGAAUCAAGGACUUCUCGCCACAAUCCGUGACAUGGUAGCUUACAAUUCCGAGAUCCAACGAUAUCGAUUUACCCCUUUGGCGGAGAUCCAGCGACAUGCUGGACACUCCGGUCGGGCAUUGUUCGAUACAGUGUUUGUCUAUCAGAAGAGCGCAGAGGCCUCCUCUUCCUCUCACCAGCUGGACUGGCCGAUAUUGUAUGAGACUGCCGCGGUCGAUUAUACGGUCUCGUUGGAAUUGGAAGUCACUUCCAAUGGACAGGUUCAUUUCCGUCUCACGUUUGAUACUCGAGUAUUGCCGCAGGCUCAUGCUUCGCUCAUGCUUCGCCAGCUCGAUCAUAUCUUGGCCGAGGCUUUAGCGGAGAAGGAUAUUCCCGUGGAGUCAUUCAGUCCGCUACUCGCAGCACUACCGCCCAAGGAAAGAUCGAUUGAAACCCCCGUCAAAUUACUCCACGAGUUUGUCGAGUAUGCCGCCAGACAGCAUCCAGAAAAGCCCGCUCUGGAAUUUGUGUACUCCCUCGAAGAUCCAGGCACGCGAAAAGUCUGGACUUAUCGCGAACUUGACGAGCGCGGUAAUCAGAUUGCAAACAUGAUUCGCAAUUGGGGAAUUGGCUCGGGAAAUAUGAUCGCAGUGUGCAUGAGCAAGUCCCCUGAGGCGACUUUUGCAUUUCUGGGAAUCCUCAAGGCUGGUUGCGCAUUCCUUGCUAUGGACCCCGAUCUUCCCAUUGCUCGCAAGACUUUCAUUCUGGAGGAUUCGAAUGCGAAGGUUCUCUUUGUGGAUUCGGGUGCGACCAUGCCCGAAGCGCCUUCCACCACGAGAGUUGUGGAGUGCAUUGAAAGUACAAUCAUUCACGAGUCUCCGCUGUUGAGCGAGCCCGCUGGUAUCGAUCCAAGCGCUACUAGCUACUGCCUGUAUACUAGUGGUACAACGGGUACACCGAAGGGCUGCGAGUUGACUCACGAGAACGCCGUUCAGGCCAUGAUGUCUUUCCAAAGGCUUUUCGCGGGCCGAUGGACGGACUCCUCACGAUGGCUUCAAUUCGCCAGCUACUGGUUUGAUGUCUCUGUGCUAGAGCAGUUCUGGAGCUGGAGCGUCGGCAUCACAUUGGUCGGUGCGCCCCGGGAUCUUGUGCUUGAAGACCUCGCCGAGUUCAUCCGAACGGUGGAAAUCACUCACAUCGAUCUCACUCCGUCUUUGGCGCGUAUCCUUACGCCGGAAGAUGUCCCCUGUCUAUGCGGUGGCGUCUUCAUCACUGGCGGUGAAGCCCUCAAGCAGGAAAUUAUCGAUGCGUGGGGUCCUAAAGUCACUGUCUGCAACGGAUAUGGCCCCACUGAGGCGACUAUCGGUGUGACGAUGAACCCAUUUGUUGGCACUGACGCCAAACCUACCAACAUCGGACCUGCCUUCGAUAAUGUCGGCGCCUAUGUCUUCCGGCCCGAUACCGAUGAGCCAGUCUGGCGCGGUGCUGUCGGCGAGCUCUGUGUCUUUGGCAAACUUGUGGGCAAGGGCUAUCUUAACCGUCCGGAUCUCACGGCCAAGGCGUUUCCAUACCUUGAGCGACAUGGCGAACGCUUCUAUCGCACUGGUGAUCUUGUCCGAAUGCUUUCGGACGGCUCGUUUUCUUUCAUCGGCCGCAAGGAUACGCAGGCCAAACUUCGAGGGCAGCGACUGGAGAUUGAUGAGAUCGAUGCUGUCAUUCAGUCGUCCACCGAGGGCAUUUCUGAGGUUGCAUCACUCGUCAUCAAGGUCGGAGAGGCCAACCGGGAAACUCUAGUCUCGUUCAUUGUUCAUGAGGCUGAGAAGAGUCGUGAGCUACGUGUGCAAACUUCCGAACAUGCCUCGAAGCUUGUACAUGUAGCGGACCAGGCUUGCCGUGAUCACCUUCCCGGGUACAUGGUCCCCACGCACAUUCUUCCAAUUUCAAAAUUACCGCUCACCGUCAAUAACAAAGUCGACUCGAAGCGGCUGGUUGCGCUUUUCUCAGAGCUGACGCCGCGUGAUCUUCAAGGACUCAGGAACACUCCUACGGAAACUCGAGAACUCAAUACAGCUGAAAGGAAAUUGGCAAAUGUCCUCAGCCGAGUCCUCUCCGUAACUGCUUCCGAUAUGACGCCGCAAUCGAAUGUGUUUUCUCUUGGCUUGACUUCCGUGUCGGCCAUUUCGUUCGCCACGGCUUUGAAGCGUGGCGGAUUCGAAAACGCCAACGUUGCCACAGUCAUGAAAAGUCCUACUAUCGAACGACUGGCCAAUGCUUUGGCAAAUACUACAACCGAUGGCAAAGUAGAACUGAACGCCACCCAACAGGCCAAGCUGUCUAUCUCUGCCUUCUCGCAGCGCUAUCGCAAUGUCAUCGCUCGAUCCAUAUCAAGAAACUCAUCCGAUAUCGAGUCUAUCGCUCCGUGCACACCUUUACAAGCAGGUCUCCUGACCGAGUCCGCCAAGAACUCUGAGAGGCCGUACUAUAACAACUUCGCCUAUGACUUGAUCGACGUUGAUGCACAGAGACUGGAACAGGCGCUUGUUGAACUACAUGGCUCGACACCUAUCUUGAGGACAGUUUUUGUCCAGACUGAUGAGGGAUACGCUCAAGUUGUUCUACGGGAGAACGACUUCAAAAUUACUCGCCACGAAUUACAGCAAGAUGAUGACUUCGAGAAUUGGCACGGCGACCAUUUGGCUUUCUGGAAGUCGCAAGCAGAUCGACAAGACUUCAUCCAACCUUUUGAGGCUACACUGGUCCGAACUCCAUCAAAGCUUGUUCUAAUCUUCCAUGCUCAUCACUCCAUUUACGACGGCAUCUCAUGGGAACUCACGAUGGAUCACCUGGCAUCCUUUUACUUGGGGAAACCUAUGAGCCUCGGUCCUAACUUCAUCGAUGCGUUACCAUACGGACCCUUACUUCAACGAUCAGAUGCGAAACCAUUCUGGGCUGAUUACCUCAAAAAGGCUACAUUCACUGCACUGCCUCUUGCUUCGAGCUCCACGGCGAGCACUGGGGAUGUCGUGUGUCAAAAAGCGAUCUCGGGAGAUGCUGGGCUGGAACAGGCACGACGAAGUCUCGGAGUUUCACACCAAGCCAUCUUCCAAGCUGCCUUUGUGGUCGUUCUUCACCAAUUCUCCCCACACACUCGAACCUAUGGAAAUGUCCUAUCUGGUCGGUCCGUCGCUUUUGAAAACGCAGAUGUUGUCCUCGGGCCCAUGUUCAACACGGUGCCAUUUGUCGUCGAUCUUGACGCGAGCGAGGAUUGGACUCAACUGUUACAGCGCUGUCAUGAAAGAAACACUGCACUGUUGCCUUUUCAGCACUCAUCGUUGCGCGACAUCAAGAAAUUUUGCGGUCGCACACCAGCUGAUCCGGUAUUUGAUGUUCUGUUGGUCUGCCAGAGUGUUGAUAAUACUUCUGAGCGACUGUCAUCAAAAUACUUCAAGGUGAGGGACUCACAGGUGCAUGCCGAAUUCCCAAUGGCUUUCGAGGUGGAGUUCGACGAAGCGGGUUCUAUUAAUAUCACAGCUGCCACUGCAGGCAACGUCAAGGGAGAAAUAUCGCUGUCGCAAUUUGUGACGCAAUUCGAGGAAGUGCUCAAAGCCAUCGGAAGUGAUUCGAAGCAGCGUGUGGGUGACAAAUUCUCAAUUUCCACCACAGAGGAUCGCGUCGACAGUCGCCGUCUUUCCGAAGACGUCACGGAUAAUAACCAGGCCUCAGACUUCCAAUGGACCACAGAGGCCAGAAAGAUGCAAGAGAUCAUAUCAACCCUGGCCAACUGUGCUCCUGAUAGUGUCACUCCCGAGACUACAAUCUACACGCUAGGACUCGAUAGUAUCGACGCAGUCAAGCUCUCGUCCCGGUUCAAGCGCGCAGGUCUAGCACUACCGGUGAGCAAAAUCCUGCAAGCUCAGACACUACCCAAGAUGCUGGAGCUUGUUCAAACGAGAAGCAGCACCGGCACUCAAGUACAAGAAAAAAGCAUGUUGAGCACGCUUCAAUCGAAGCUUGAAGCUCUUCCAGAACUUGCCUCGCUACUAAAACGCGACGAUGUGGAGAGGAUUCUUCCAGCCACUCCUGCACAAGAAGGCAUGGUUGCAGAUAUGCUUCGAUCUGGUUUCGAACAGUAUUUCAACCAUGAUGUACUUCUCCUACAAGAAUCCGUCGAUAUGGAAAAGCUACGACAAGCGUGGGAGACUGUUCUCAAUGCAAGUCCCAUUUGGCGGACUUCCUUUAUCGAAAUCAGCAGCUCGGAACUAGACGUCGUAUAUGCACAAGUCGUGCACCGUCCGGUCAAGAUCAACUUACAGCCCAUGGACCUCAAAAAUGUGGAGGAGAUUCCACAGACUCUUGACCAGAUCAAGACAGAUUUCCAGGGGUCGAAUUUGGACAGCAGUCCUUUGCUAUGCCUGAGGCUUAUUAAGUGUGACGAUAAGCGUUACCUCAUUUUGUCCCUCGCGCAUGCCCUGUACGACGGCCAUAGUCUAUCUGCUCUGCAUGAAGAUGUGGCGAAAGCCUACUAUGGUGAGAUUGCUUCCCGACCGUCGUACGAUUCCACAAUCGAGGCCAGUCUUCAAGCAAAUGCUCCCGAGGCAAGACAAUUUUGGCAGACCUUAUUGAGUGACGCCAAACCAUGUUCAAUCGAGCGCAAGAAGGACGUAAUGCCCACUCGAACGUGCCGUGAAGAGCGAGUUUGCUCGACGACGGCCGAUUCCGCCCGUCAUCUUUGCCAGAAAUUGGGAGUUUCCAUGCAGACCUUGGCCCAGGCAACGUUCGCACUGCUUCUAGCUGGGCAUUCAAAGACACUCGAUGUGGUGUUCGGCAUUGUCCUGGGAUGUCGUGACAGCGAGGAGGCUGAAAGUGUCAUCUUCCCGACGAUGAACACUGUUCCACUCCGAAUUCUCCUGCACGGAUCAGGUUCAGAGAUCCUCCGACAUGUUCAGGGCAUUUCGAAUGACAUUCUACCGUUCCAAAGGACUCCACUUCGGACGAUCCAAGCGGCAAGCGCGAGCGUUGUGGAUUCACGAGCUGCUGAGGCUGGAGCUGGACUUUUCGAUGCGCUGUUUAUUUACCAGCAGACUGCAAGCCAAGAGAGCGAAGCUGAGCCGGAUCUUUACGAUUCGAUCGAUGGUGCUGCAGAGAUCGAGUAUCCGCUCGCUGUCGAGCUGCAGGUUGUUAAGCAACAAUUGAUCGUCCGCGUUGCCAGCAAGAAUAUCGUCCUGAGUGAGCAAGAGACUGCUCAUCUACUUGAGCAAUUCGAUAAUAUCUUGAGGUCACUCGUCGGUUCCCCUGAGCAAUCAGUCAUUGGCUUCUCUGGGGAUGAGGUUUCUAUCCUCGGUAUGCCGGCUUUCAAGCUCUACCAGACAGAACCCAGCGCUCCUCAGGAAGAAGUCGAAGGAGAUGUCUCGGGUGAGGAGGACAAUGAGAAUCCCACGAUGGACACGAUUUGCAAGGUAAUCUCCGAGGUUGCAAAAUUAGACACGACAAUGAGUCGCGAUACCGCUUUCGACAGCAUCGGAAUCGACUCCAUCUCCGCAAUCAAAGUCAGCAGCCUUCUGCGCAAACAAGAUGUCAAGAUCUCCGUCAGUCAGAUGCUCAAAGCGAAAACGCCACGACGUAUGGCGGAAGCGAUCCAAGCACAGAGUAGCAGCGUUUCGACUGAACAGAAUAUAUACUCGAAGGAUGUCAUUGCAACAGCUGUCAAGAAUAUUCAUGUUGCCAAUAUCUCCAACAAAGCACAAGUCCCACAAUCCACCAUCGAGUCCAUUCUACCUGCAACAGCUGGGCAGGUUUACAUGCUCAAUCUCUGGCGCGCGACCGGCGGUCAGCUUUUCUAUCCGACAUUCAAGUUCCACGUGAAGACCCAGCGAUCGGCGGAAGAAGUUCGCACAGCCUGGAAUCGCCUCGUCAAGCAACAGGCCAUUCUUCGAACCAUCUUCGUCCAGUCUGACAAUACUUCUGUCCCUGUACUUCAGGUUGUCCUCAAGGAGGGAACACAGAGCUUCUCGGUGGCAGGCGAGAAGACCGACAUGACAUCGAAUCAGGAACAACAGCAACAACAAUGUUAUGCAUCUCUGCAUGCCACGCGCGUCUCCGAUGGUUAUGAUGUGGAUUUGAAGAUCCACCAUGCGCUCUACGAUGCCGUCUCAUUGCCACUCCUGCUCCAGAGUCUUCAAAAUCUUCUGGACAAGCUCCCUACACCUUUACCCAGCAUUGGAGCCGAGGACUUCCUCGCCCUUCCCCUAACGAGAGAGGCUCAACUUUCACGCAAGAAAUUCUGGACGUCGUACUUCAGCGACCUGAAGCCCAUAAUUUCGCAGCAACCCACGCAACAACAAGGUGCACAGAACAAAGUGGAGAUCUUCCAGCCACGACUCACAGCCUCUUGCGGCAAACUCGAGACCCUCGCGCGUCAGAACAACAUCAGCAUCCAAUCGAUCCUCUUCGCCACCUACGCCAAACUCCACGCCCAGCGUCUGACCACCGGCGAGCGGCGCGGAUCCACCGAUGCCACGGAUCUCGUGCUGGGCAUCUAUCUAUCCAACCGCGGCCAUCUGCCCGACCUCGACCAAUUGGCGUACCCCACCCUCAACCUGGUCCCUCUCUGCAUCCGAAAUGUCGUCCAAUCCGACCUCAUGGAAGUGGCACGACAGAUCUCCUCCGGCCUCGCGCAGAUCGGAACCGUAGAGAAUUCCACCACGGCGUUGUGGGAGAUUGAACAAUGGACGGGAAUCCAAGUCGAUCUGUUCCUGAAUUAUUUGAAACUUCCCGAGCGAUCCUCGCAGGGAGAUGGGGACAGCGAUGCGGAGUCACGCUCGCAGAUCUCGGAAGUCGACGGCGAGAGACGCAUGCCUCGGAGUCGUCUCGAGAAGGUCGAGUCGUCUCACCAGGACAGCACAACCUCUGCUGCUGCUGCAACUGCUACUGCUACCACUACCCGCGAAACAUUCCAUACCGGAAAGGCAUAUCAGCAUGCCAUCGAUAUCGAGAUGACGAUCACAGAUGAUGGGGGAUUGGACUUUGGUCUGUUCGCGCCGCAGGAAAUGCUGGGGCUCGACGAAGGAGAGGCAUUGAUCGCCGGAGUCAAGGAGGAAUUGGAGAAGCUCGUUUAAUGUCUGAUUUUUUGAUGUCUGAUGUUUGAUGUUUGAUGUUUGAUGUUUGAUGUUUGGUUCCUAAUUUGAUGAUAAUCAACGGGUUCUAUUUCCCUCUGGCGCUGGUGUUUUCCCAAACGCUACUUGUGUUCCGGGCCCGAACGAAACACGUCGCGAGUGUGUCGCGAUCAUAUUAUCAUCUUGGUCG